GACAUUUAAUCAAUCCAAUCCGGGGUUGUCACGUCAUGGCAGUUUUAAAUAUUAAUUGAAGAUGUCCAAGCUGAAGUCACAAUAAAAAUGUGUUCGUGGUGGUUAUUUUUCACUUUAAAAUUAUUAGUGUUUGCCCGUGCACAACAAGAUCUGAAGGGCUUCGAUGAUACGGUGCUGUUUGAUAUCGCUUGGCCAGGGAGUAAAUUUGAGGAGGAUAUCACUAACAACGAACAAAUUAUUGUCACAUCAUCUGAUCAGGAGAAAUAUCGCUGUAUAUUACCUAGCAUCCAACAGAAAGAAACACAAGAAGAUGAGAAAUAUGAUGGUCCAACAGCUUUAGAAUUAAUUGCACCAUUAUUUACACAGUCAUCAUGUUCAUACAGAAUUGAAUCGUACUGGACCUAUGAAGUCUGUCAUGGAAGAUUUAUAAGGCAGUACCAUGAGGAUAGGGAAGGUAAAAAAGUGAAACUUCAAGAAUACAAAUUGGGACAGUGGGACAGUAAAUCUUUUGAUAAGCUUCUCAGUAACAUGAAACUAGAGGAACAAGACAAAAAUCAUCAAAUUCCAUUGAAAAAAAUUGAUAAUGUGAAUCUGCCUUAUCUGGAAGUUGUGAUGGAUAAUGGAACCCUUUGUGAUUUAAAUGAAAACAAACCUCGACUCACCAAAGUUUUGUAUGUAUGUUACAUCCAUGGAAAAAAUGAAGUUUAUUCUUUGAAAGAAACGUCGACAUGCCAGUAUGAGAUCAUCAUCUUGUCACCUCUUCUAUGCAUCCAUCCAAAAUAUAAACCAAAAGAAACUGGAGAAAAUAAAAUUAAUUGCAUACCUCUUGAUGGUAGUGGUGACAAACCUUAUAGCUUACUAAAAAUGAAGGCUGAAAGUGCUAAGUUAAGGAGAAACACAGACUUUGACCGUAUUAAAGUAGAAUUCAUAAAAGAUUCUGUGAAACAGUCCACAAAGAAGCCAGUCAUGGAUUCAUCACCAGUGAAAAAUUUUUUGUCAGGAAAAAAUUGUUUGAAUGGUGGAACAGGUUGGUGGAAAUAUGAAUUUUGCUAUGGAAAGUCUGUGGAACAGUAUCACACUGAAAAGGAUGGGACAAAAAGCUCAAUAAAACUGGGAGUUUUUGAUAAAGCAGCCCAUCUUGAAUGGAUCAAAACACAUCCCCACAAGAAACCAAAACCUGUGGGUGAAAGAAAACAGCUGUCACAUUUUUAUUCGAAUGGAGAGAUUUGUGACAAAACAGGAAAACCUAGACAGACUGAAGUUAAACUGAAGUGCUUGGAUACUACUAGUCUUAGUGCUGUGUCGCUGUAUUUGCUUGAACCUAGAUAUUGUGAAUAUAUUUUGGGUGUUGAGUCGCCAUUAAUUUGUGACAUUUUGGCCGCUGCAGAUGAAAAUGGACUUGUUGAGGAUAACAGUGAUGUAACAGAUAAUGAUGAAACUGCUGUAAAUAUAAGACUAUAAUUUUUUUUAAUAUAUUUUGUUUUGUUUCUAAAAA